AUGCCCAGGCGACGGGCCGCAGCGAGUGGUGGAGCGAGCAGGAGGCUCCCCUCCUGGCCACCCCCAUGCGUUCGGCGGUGUCUGGUGCGACGGGCGGCUCCGCACUGGAGCCUCAGGAGAGGAUCUGCCAGCUGCUGCAGGACUGGAGCCAGAGGCAGCGGACCAUGCAUGCGGAGCCAGCAGCAGGUGAUAGAUCGCCUUCUAUCCGCUCAGCAGGAGGCCUUGCAGGAGAUGCGCCGCCUGGAGCCUCGCGAGGGCACACCUCGUUGUUUCGCCGCGGCCUCCACGCCCAAGGAAGGGCCCGCCAGCACCGCAGGCGAAGGGAGCGAGGCCCCCGUGGUGGAUGCCACCCCUCAGCAGGGCGCGGACGCCGUCGCGAGGAAGGUGGCGAGCCAAAUGGCUCGGUACAGCCGCCAAGAUGAGAUGCUGGACUUCUGGAAGCGCACCCACGGGAUGCACACAGUGGACAAGUGGGUCAUGGACUACAAGGAUCAUCCCGGCGGAUGGGGCGCGCUGCUCAUGAUCCACGGGGUGGGGGAGAUGACCGGUCGGCUGCGGAGCAAGGUGGAGAACUACGCUAUCUACUCGGCGCUAUUCCUCUCGAUGUCUAUCGCGCUGAUUGCCGACCCUGCCGACUUCAUAUACAAGGACUGUGAGGACUUGCUCUGCAAGGUUGAGAAGCGCAUAUUCGUUUACGGUCUGGCCAUCGGCACCGCCCUCCACAUGCUCUGCAUCAUGCUGGGCAUGGCGUUUGUUAAUGCCCUCAACGAAACAGCGCGGGACGCCGACGUGUACCGCUUGCUUCAGAGAGGGCAGGGCUUCCAUGCAACCAAAAAGUGUUCGCUCUGCUUCAUGAUUGGCUGCGCCGCUGAUUUCCUAGCGGUUGGCGUGACGGCCAUCGAGUAUUUGGACCCCGUUGAACCGUUGGCCUUGUACGCCGUGCUGCUGAUGGUGGUCGGUGUGAUCUACUUCCCCACCGCGAACCGCCUGUACGAGAGCAGCAGCAUCGUCUCCUACUGGCGCGAGGAGCUCGGAGGCAAGCCAGACCCAAACGACCCGUAUGACCUCCAGGUGCCCGCAGGCUGUGUCCACGAGCGGGCCACCAUGAACGACCUCGUUUUCCGGAGCACUCUGCACGAGGCUCCCAUGUGA